AUAGAGUGAUCAUAUUAAAUUGUUCAAAAUACAGUUGGGAGUUAAAUACUGUCCUUUUUGUUUAUUCGUUGAUGAGAGUCAAGGUUUGGGAUUUUUUCGAUGUGUUCGAAGCAUUAAGAUAAUUUGUGAACUUCAGCGAUGGUUUAAAUCCAGUUAUCUAAGUAGUAAGGACUCGUGUCCCCACUACCUCCCUCUCCUGUUUCCAUUUUCCAGGGGAGCUGAAAUGCUGUCAGCACAAACCUUAGAGAAAUCGUUAUUCGCAAGGCCGGCUGAGCUAGAUAUUCAAGCCUUGAUAGUGCAGUAUUAAACUAGGAACUGUUUAAGAGUUGUAGACCUAGUAAUAGCUGUAAAAUUGACACGUUAUGGAUAGGCAAGUUAAGAAGUGAAUAAUUAGAGAAAGGCGCCUGGACCAGCGAAAUGAAACAUGAUUUUCUUUCUUUAUACUCGACUGUGAAUAAUGAUGGUGAGACAAGUUGAAACAAACCCGAGGAAAAGCGAUGUGGUGCAGCAACCAAAGGGAUGAUACAGUACAUCCUCUUCAAAGGCAGAUGAAGCUGAAAAGCACAUUGGAUAUUAUGGGGAAUGGACACCGUUACAGAAAUAGCAACCAAAAAAGAGCGCAGCUGCGUAAUAGUGGUAUGGAUCCAAACCGUAACGUUCGGUACAACGUCUAAGACAGGUUUCAUUACUGUCUUAAACAGUCUCGUUCAUUAUGAAUGGAGUUAAUCUAUGAAAUAAUAGUAGUAUGUUGAUAAUUAAAUAUGCCAGGUAAGAGUGGAAUUAGCGUUAAUGAAGGAUGACACUAGUUUAUUUUUGUUCUGUGAUUUAAAAGGCGGGGUGUGUGGCAAGUGUCACCGGGCAUCGGUUUUCUUAACAGACUCAAUUUGUUUGGUUAACACAAAAAGAAACACUGUUAGAACUCGCGGUGGCCCGCUGCCCGUGGCAUACGCUAGGCAGUUUGGUGUACCAAUGCCCGCUUGGACGUCAAAUCCACAAGUGUGGCGAGUACAUCUUUGAGCCGUGGGAAUAAUCAAAUAAAUGCAUGCAGGGAUGAAACUUGCUAUGACCUAUGUGCCUGACAGAAAUAAAUACGGUAAAACCGAAUGGUCACAGAAUACAAAGUGAGUUUGUAGUAGAGUCCCCCUUGAGCGUCAACUAAGCGAAUGCCGCUUCCUCCAAUGCGGAGCUGGUCGCUGUCCGUAGCGCUGGUGGUGCUGAAUUUGGAUGAUGCCUAGCCAGCGAAUGCAAGGCUGCCGCUCCCUGCUACACAUCAAUGAAGACAAUGGUCGGUUUCUCCUACUAGCGCUCCUGAUUUCCCUGUAUUUGUUGUGUGGCGCCGCAGUUUUUUCUGCCAUCGAAAGACCCUCUGAGCUGGAAGCCCAGAGCCUCUGGAACAGGACGUUUUUCAACUUCAGCGACACGUUCAACAUCAGUCUACAGGAUCUGAGCUCUUUUCUCCGGGAUUAUGAAGCAGCGAUCGCCGCAGGGAUCAGAGCGGAUUCUUUAAGACCACGAUGGGAUUUCACCGGGGCAUUCUACUUUGUUGGGACUGUGGUAUCAACUAUAGGAUUUGGGAUGACCACACCAGCAACAGUGGCCGGCAAGGUAUUCCUGAUCUUUUAUGGACUGCUGGGCUGUGCUGGAACCAUCCUUUUCUUUAACCUCUUCCUGGAGAGGAUUAUCACCCUGCUGGCUGUCAUCAUGAAAGCCUUCCACGAGCGCCAGCUGAGGAGGAGCGGCCUCCUGCCACCCACCAUUCGCCGAGGCUCCGCCUUCUCGGAUUCGGGAAGCCUGGCGGGCUGGAAGCCUUCCGUUUACUAUGUCAUGAUGAUCCUGGGUUUGUCAGCCAUCAUACUGUCUUGCUGCGCCUCUGCAAUGUAUACUCCAGUGGAGGGCUGGAACUACAUUGACUCGCUCUACUAUUGCUUUGUCACCUUCAGCACCAUCGGCUUUGGGGAUCUAGUGAGCAGCCAGAACGCUGCGUACGAGAACCAGGGUUUGUACCGCUUCGGGAAUUUCGUCUUCAUACUUAUGGGGGUGUGUUGCAUCUACUCCCUUUUCAACGUCAUCUCCAUCGUCAUCAAGCAGGUGCUGAACUGGAUGCUAAAGAAAAUGGACUGCCUGUGCUGCCGCCGCUGUCACAAGACCAACGCCUUCCUGGGCCGCCGCAACGCCAUCACGCCGGGCUCGCGGCUGCGCCGGGGACACCUCCCCUCGGAAACGGAGGGGACGUGCGACAGCGACACCGAGGGCCGCCGGCUGUCUGGGGAGAUGAUCUCCAUGAGGGACCUCACAGCCUCCAACAAGGUCUCCCUGGCGAUCAUGCAGAAGCAGCUCUCGGAGACGGCCAAUGGCUUCCCGCGGACCGUAUGCGGCAGCUCGCGGCACAAUGGCUUCUCCGGCGGGGUGGGCGCCCUGGCCAUCAUGAACAACCGGCUGGCGGAGACCAGCGACACCCGGUAGAGCCUACAGCCAGGGCAGCCCCUGCUCUCACUGCUUGCUGCUUAGGCCGUGUCCUCCGUUAAUGUUAUUAUUUACUAUUUCUGUUUUCAGGACAUGAGCCAGGUUUGCUGUUGUUGUGAUUUUUUUAUAUGUUCUAUCAAACCCACUCAAGCACAUAUGAGUUUUUGUUUUCCUAAAUUUAUGCCCAUUUUACAAGAAGUGCGAGAUACCCAUAUCACGAGGACACACCACAACUCUCAUCAGCUGGAAAUAAACCUAGUCUUCAGAUGGAUAUCUAUACUGUUAGAGAGCACAGUAUUCCAAUGCUUUCAGUCAUUUUAAUGCUGUACUGGAACACACUGCCAUAAAAUGAAUAUCAUAAUAAAAUCACUUGCCAAUAUUGCUGCUUUAAGCUGAAUUCUAAAAAGUUCAUAGGAAGCUUAUGUGAUAUGAAGCUGAAAUUGAAAUUAUUUUUCAGAGAGAGAGAUUACAGUAAUGUUAUUGGAUCAUGUUUAAUGGUCCCCACUUAAGAUUUGACAUUUAAAGGUACUUACUCAAACGUAGUGUAAUGACAAUGUAAAUUCAUAUGCAACAGGUAUAAUAGCAUUUGUAUUAAAGAUGUAUGUAAUUAGAGACAGCAUGGAGUACAGAAUGUGUAUGAGACUUACAAUAAAUACUAAAUGUUAAUUGCAUUGUAGUUACACCUUAAGUAGUCAAUUACAAUUAGGCACAUUUUUUUUAGUAACACCUUUAACCGACUGCCAGUAUCUAUCACUGAUAUAAUUUUUCAUAAUUUUAAGAUCCCUGAAAAGUAACUGCUGUCAGUCAUUAGGAUAUUCACUACUGGCUGCACUGCAGAUUUUUGUUUUUAAUUCCAAUAUUUCACACAAUUAUUUGUGCAGCUGUGUGAUAAGACAAUAUACACCCAUUGUCUUUUAACAUACUGUAGCUAUACACAAAGUGUAGAAAAAUCCAUUAAGCGCCCAAUUGCUCCAAGUCCUGUGUUGUGAUGAGUCAGAGCCUAUUAAUAAAGAUCCAGUACCUGUAUGCCCUAUUA